GUAACACAGGAAGUGUAGUAAAGGUCGCUGCAUCACGUGGAUCCUCCAGCUGCCGUGGAUUUUACAUUCAUUGAGUUAAAACUGGUUCUAGGAGGGGGCGCGGGGCCAGCAUCAUGCCGCUGUCGGACUUCCUGGACGGCCUGAAGGACAACCCGUACUUUGGUGCUGGGUUCGGACUGGUCGGGGUCGGGACGGCGCUGGCCGUGGCCAGAAAGGGAGCCCAGGUGGGCAUGGUGUUCUUCCGAAGGAACUACAUGAUCACCCUGGAGGUUCCCAGCAGGGACAAGAGCUACCACUGGCUGCUGAGCUGGAUCACCAAGCACGCCACCCACACGCAGCACCUCAGCGUGGAAACCUCCUACAUGGCCCACGAGAGCGGACGGGUCCACACGCAGUUCGACUUCCACCCGAGUCCAGGGAACCACAUCAUCUGGUACGGCAGGAAGUGGAUCCGGGUGGAGCGGACCAGGGAGAAGCAGAUGCUGAAUCUGCAGACCGGGGCUCCGUGGGAGUCCAUCACCUUCACCGCUCUGGGCAGAGACCGGCAGAUCUUCUUCAACAUCCUGCAGGAAGCGCGGGAGCUGGCGCUGAAGCAGGAGGAGGGACGCACCGUCAUGUACACGGCCAUGGGCGGCGAGUGGAGGCCCUUCGGGUUUCCACGGCGACGCCGGCCCCUCAGCUCCGUGGUGCUGGAGGCCGGCGUGGCCGAGCGCUUGGUGGACGACGUGAAGGAUUUCAUCGGGAACCCGCGCUGGUACACGGACAGAGGGAUUCCCUACAGGAGAGGGUACCUGCUGUUCGGGCCUCCAGGAUGCGGGAAGAGCAGCUUCAUUACGGCGCUGGCCGGCGAGUUGGGCUACAGCAUCUGCCUGAUGAGCCUGAGCGACCGGACGCUGUCGGACGACCGGCUCAACCACCUGCUGAGCGUGGCGCCGCAGCAGAGCAUCAUCCUGCUGGAGGACGUGGACGCCGCCUUCGUCAGCCGGGAGCUGCUGCCCACCGAGAACCCGCUGGCCUACCAGGGAAUGGGCCGCCUGACCUUCAGCGGCCUGCUGAACUCGCUGGACGGAGUCGCUUCGUCUGAGGCCAGAAUCGUCUUCAUGACCACCAACUUCAUCGACAGGUUGGACCCGGCGCUGGUCCGGCCCGGCCGGGUCGACCUGAAGCAGUACAUCGGUCACUGCACCGCCUGGCAGCUGGCCCAGAUGUUCCGGCGGUUCUACCCGGACCAGCCGCCGUCGGAAGGAGAUCGCUUCGCUAAGCUAGCGUUAGCCGCGCACACGGAGAUCAGCGCCGCUCAGGUCCAAGGACACUUCCUGCUGCACAAAACGGAUCCAGCAGGAUCCAUAGACAAUGUGGCCCAAAUACGAGGAUGAUGGAUCAGAACCGGACUCAGACUGAACAGAAUAAAGACGUUAUUUAACAGAAAACCUCUGGUUUAUUGUUUAUUAAGUACAACAAUAAACCAGACAAAGUUGAUUAGAUAUGCAGUUUAUUUUAUGCGGUAAUAUUUAUUUGUAAAAAGCUGCUUGUUUCCUGACCUGAAGUUUCUAAAUAUUGGAGUAUAAAAGAUAUUUUUUGGUUAUCUGGGAAUGUUUUAUUCCACCUGCAGUUGUCUCAUAAAAUAUUUUG